GGGCUGCCUAUAAAACUGGCCCGGCCUGGCUCUCCGCACAACAGGCUGGGACCCUCGCCGAGCCUCCCUGGGGGACACGUCUGCUCUGCCCCCCACCCCCACCCCCGCCCCCGGCAGCACCAUGGGGCCCCUGUGGCUGUGCUGGGUGCUCUGGGCGCUGCCCCUGCCGGGCCCCGGGGCCGCCCUGACCGGGGAGCAGGUGCUGGAAAGCCUGCUGCGGCAGCUGGGCCUCAGCGAGGCGCCCGGCCCGGCCCAGCGCGACGCGGAGGAGCCGGCCACCCCGGCCCACGUGAGGGCCCAGUACGUGGCCCUGCUGCGGCGGAGCCACGGCGCCCGCUCCCGGGGGAAGCGGUUCAGCCAGAGAGUCCGAGAGGUGGCAGGCAGGUUGCUGGCUUCGGAGGCCUCCACGCACGUGCUGGUGUUCAGUAUGGAGGGGCGGCUGCCACCCGACAGCGAGCUGGUGCAGGCGGUGCUGCGGCUCUUCCAGCAGCCGGUCCCCAAGGCCGCACUCCGCAGGCUGUCCCCGCACAGCGCCCAAGCCCGUGUCACCAUCCAGUGGCUGCGCAUCCGGGAGGACAGCUCCAACAGCACCUACCUGGUGGAUUCCAGGCUGGUGUCCCUCCACGAGAGUGGCUGGAAGGCCUUCGACGUGACGGAGGCCGUGAACUUCUGGCGGCAGCUGAGCCGGCCCGGGCAGCCGCUGCUGCUGCAGGUGUCCGUGCAGAGGGAGCACCUGGGCCCGCGGGCCCCCGGCGCCCACAAGCUGGUGCGCUUCGCCUCCCAGGGCCGGGAGGGCACGGGGCAGGCCGAGCCCCAGCUGGAGCUGCACAGCCUGGACCUCGGGGCCUACGGAGCACGAGGCGACUGUGACCCUGGGGCGCCUGUGGCGGAGGGCGCCCGCUGCUGCCGCCAGGAGAUGUACAUUGACCUGCGGGGGAUGACGUGGGCUCAGCACUGGGUCCUGGAGCCCCCCGGCUUCCUGGCCUACGAGUGUGUGGGCGCGUGCCGGCAGCCCCCCGGGCCCUCGACCUUCACAGGGCCGUUCCUGGGGCCACGACGGUGCAUCGCCUCAGAGACGACCUCGCUGCCCGUGAUAGUCAGUGUCCAGGAGGGGGGGAGGUCCAGGCCCCAGGUGGUCAGCCUGCCCAACAUGAGGGUGGAGAAGUGCGCCUGCUCGUGGGACGGGGCGCCCGUGCCCAGGAAGCUGGGGCCUUAG